AUGUGUGAUGUGAGUGUAAUUCUUCCUGUCUAUAAUGCUGGAAAAUGGUUGAAUGAAUGUCUUGAAUCUGUCUUUCAACAAGUUUUUAAGGGUACUCUGGAACUGUCAGUUUAUGACGAUGGUAGUCAGGACAACUCUUUAGCUAUUUUAGAAGAUUGGAAAGAUAAGUUAAAAAAUAAGCAAAUAAAAUGUUGUUUGCUUAAAGGAGAAACAAGCACCCCAAAGGGAGUUGGAUAUGCAAGAAACCGAGCUGUUGAAAAAAGUUCAGGAAGAUUUUUAUGCUUUUUAGACGCAGAUGAUGUUAUGGCGAAAGAACGAAUUCAAGUUCAGUAUGAUGCAGCUCAAGAGCACCCAGAAGCACUGAUUGGAAGUGGCUUCCAUCGAGAACCACCAGGUUCUACUCAACGUUAUACACAAUGGGCCAACACUCGAACAGAAGAACAGCUUGUGAAUCAGAUAUACACUUCACAUGGACCAACUAUUGCUAUGCCAACAUGGUUCUGUUCUCGAAAACAAUUUGACAAUGUUGGGGGCUUUUCAGAAAAAGGAAAGGGUAUUCCAGAAGACUUGAUUUUUUUCUACAAGCAUCUUGAUCUUAGUGGACAAGUGACCAGAGUCAAUGCAGACCUCAUGAAGUACAGAUAUCAUCCAGAAUGUACAACAUUUAGUAUUUCAGAAGAUACAAUAUGGGACUUACGAUUAGAACGGUUUGAGUGCAAAAUACUCGCUCAUUGGUCCCACUUGACAAUUUGGAAUGCAGGCAAAAAGGGACGCAAAUUUUAUCGCUCUUUAACUCCUGAGAAUAAAAAAAAGGUCAUUGCAUUCUGUGAUGUUGAUGUCAAAAAAAUCCAAAAAGGCAUUUAUAUUUAUGAAGAAUCAAAGGAAGUACCCAAACCUCGAAUUCCUAUCAUCCAUUUUCGUAAAGCUAAACCACCAAUAGUGUUGUGCAUGAAAAUGGAUCUUACCGGAGGGAAUUUUGAAGAAAACCUUGCAUCUCUGAAACUCAAAGAAAAUAUAGAUUACCAUUACUUUAGCUGA